AUGGCGCCCUCUUGGUGGCUCCUCCUAACCCAGGUCAUGCUUCUAGCAGCAAUCCGUGAAGAGAUCGGCACCAGCGAACUGGACGAGCUCGCAGACGAUUCAACAGUGGGGCGUGUCAAGCAUCGCAGUGGGCAGAGCCUGGCCCCCGAGGCGCCUUCCAGCCCGGUCGUCGACCACUACAGUGCGUACAUUCGCGGUGAUUGCACUGAUGAGCGUCUCAAACUCAUCACGGUGCUUGUGGAGCUUGGGUUGCCCGAACAUCACUUGACCGGUGACCACUGCCGAUGGCAGGGGGUUAUGUGCCGCGACCUUCAACGCAGCUGCGAGGUUGUGGGCAUAGUGCUGCCACAGACAGGUCUGAAAGGCGAGAUGUCGCCAGGAUUCAAGGCCUUGCCUCGGCUUGAAACCCUAGACCUCGGAGGCAACCCUCAUUUGCGAGGCAGCCUUCACGUCUUGGCGGGUUUCGACAACAUCCACACCUUGAAUUUGGAAGGCACAAAUGUCACUGGUAACCUUUCCGACCUGGGCUCCGUGCUGAACCGCAUUCGGAUCAGAGAAAUCAAUCUCAAGAACACCAAGGUCAAUGGCGAGGUGGAGGUCCUAAGGAAGCAAAGGGCUCUGAGUGUGCUGGAGCUCUCCGGUACCGGCGUGGCAGGCAGUUUAAAGACGUUCAGCAGGAUGAAGUUCAUGACGUCCCUACGUCUUUCGGGAACUUGCGUGGCUGGCAGCAUCCAAGAGCUGGAGGCCAUGAAGCGCCUGCACACCCUGGAUCUGUCUGGGGCCGCGGGGAUCCAUGGAAACAUCAACAGCCUGACCUUCUUGACAAAUCUGGAGAGUGCCUCCCUGGCCAACACCAAAGUGUCUGGUGGAAUAAAUAUUCUUUGGGUCGGACGCUUGCAACAGCUACGCGAAUUGAACUUGGCGGGGACCAGAACGACGCUCAUCCUAUCAAGAGCAUCAGUGUCUUCAACUGAGCCUGGCAGCGCCUCCCAGAAUUCAAUGCAGCUUUUACCUUUCAAAGCGCAGAUUGAACUGCCGAGCUUGCAGAGCCUUGACGUGUCCAGAUGUCCAUUAGACACCACACCAAGCGAGCUCCUACAAAUUCUGCAGGGAUGCAGUAAUCUGGUUCGGCUGUCAGCCGCAUCCAGCAAUAUCACGGGCACCCUGCAUGAACAAUCUUGGAGUGUGUUGCAGUACUUGGACCUGUCAGACAACAACCUGUCACACAUCAAGGGGCUCUGGGCACGCACCUUUGUCAGCCUUGCUGCGAACCCACCGCUAACAUUUGCCCAUGAUAUUCUUCGCAAGGCAAAGGAUACGGGAGUCCACUUGGACCUUGCAGAAGUCGACUUCGUACAUGCAAGGUCAGAAGCUGCAAGCCUCCUUCAGCAUGGGGAGAUUCGGAUGACUGAUGCGGUUUCACACGUUGAUACCGUGCAUGGGUUCGGCUGCCAUGGUCUGCGGGAUGGCUUUUUGCAGGUGACGACCUCAAUCUUCCUUCCCCAGGCCUUUUGCGGCUGCCUGGCAGGUUGGCACGGGAGUGGCACCAAUUGCAGCCGCUGCGAGAAAGGAAAGUACAGCGACAAGUUCAACAGCAGCGAAUGCACGCCAUGCCCGCUUGGGGGUGAUACGCAAGAUGUGGGCUCCUCCUUGCUGGAGAGUUGCGUGUGCAACGUCGGCAGGAUCUCGGUUAUCUCCGGCAAACCAAGCUGUCAGUGUGAUCGACACACGGCUUUGUGGGAGAAUCAGUGCGUGGAUUGCAACGAGCUGCAUCUGGAGUGCCCGGACCAUGGCAGUCGAGCGGAGAAAGCCUUGCCACAGCCUGGCUUUGCUCGACUCAUGCCUUUGGCACCCAACGCCUCAAGGUGUCUGGAUCUCGUCGGCAACUGCAGUGCCUCACCAGAUCGCUCAGAGCUCGGCUGUGCCCCAGGUUAUGAAGGGCCGUUAUGCACCACGUGCGCGGAACGGCAUCGCUGGACCGGCAAGAAGUGCCGCAGGUGUGCAGAUGACUCUGCCUAUGCCUUUUGGCCUGCGGUUGCAGCUGUUGGAACACUCGCAGCUGCAGCAGCCAUUCUUUUCGUGGCCUGGCGCCAGAGGAGCCUCGCUGAAGAGGGCACGCGGUCAGCAACGACCCCGACCCCGACCCCGACCGCCAGCGAUGUCCUCUGGCCCUUUUUGCUGGCUCAGGGGCCAGUACUGUUGCAACUCUGCCAGCUGUGGGCCGUGCUCGUUGCCCUGGGAAAUGCAGCAGAUCCGAAUAGCAGCAGCGAUGGCAAUCUGUGGCUGUGGGAGCAGGAGUAUGUGCAGUGGUUUCAGCUCACGGCGAGUGAAGUCCGUGAUGCCCUGAGCCUCGACUGUGCCUAUGGCAGGAGGGCGCGGACGCUGUGUGCUCUGGCAGCACCCUGUGUGCCUUUGUUUGUGCUGCUGCUUUGCAUGCUGGUGGAAGUCGUGGCCCAGGAGGGCACAGGUGUGAGCCUUGCGCUCAAGGCUUUGUCGUGGCUAUUCAUCGGCGGGGCCUUUCGUUGUGAGAAGCUGCUCAACUGCCAGAUGGUGGACGGAGGCGGUGAACCUUUGAAUGGUUUGGCUUUCCGAUCAGAGCUGCCGCACGCACGAUGUUUGGACUCUGAUGGUGAUGCUAGAUGGGCAGAUAUUAUUGGCAAGACGUGUGCUGUCUCGUACCUUUUCCUCAUUCCCGCAUUCUUGGUGUAUCUCAUCGCCAAGCAGUACUUGCUCCUCAUGCCCAGCAAACGCAUUGCAUCCUCGGCAGAGUAUGAUGGAGAUGCACUAGUGCUGCGGGUGGGGGAGAUGAAGCCGCCUCCACAUGCCGCGACGAGAGAGGAGGAGCCACUGGAUGAGCUGCGUGCCCAGCACUUGCUAGCAUCGGCCGUUGCCUGGAGCGCUGUUUUCUUUCGUGGCCGAGUGCAGAUCCAAUUGACAGAUAUUGGCGUGUCGGUGCAACGGGUGCUUCGAGGCCAAUGCGAGGAGGAGAAUGAGAUGGAGUUUGAUGCGGACAGCAUGGUGUCCGCCGUCCUGGAGCGCAAGACUGAUGCAGACCUUCAGCGAUGUCAUACCAUCACGAGGAUGCUAGUGGAGCGCUACAUCUUGGAGAAAGCGGGAAAGUCAGAAA